UAAAAUUGAGACAAAUCCCAUGCUUUGAUGAGAAGCACAUAUCUGGUCUUUAAAUAAAAACAGCCUCAAUACCAAGGAAGCUGUCACACCCUCUCUCUCUCCUCUUUCUCUCUCUCUCUCUCUACUUUCUUUCUCAGUCUGCACUUUGUCCCUUCGGUGUUUUUGUUUUGUUUUUUUUAAUCUUUCUCUCUCUACCUCUAUCUCUCUCUUUCUGUCCUAAAUCUCCCGCUCGCUCUCUCUCUCUCUCUCUAAAUUGAGAAGAGGGGUUUGGUGUCUUAUUUUGGUGGUGAGGGAUUGGGGCAUUUUGUGUUUCUUGUAUUUGAGAUCUGUCCCUUUUGAUUGUUUGAGUUUAAGGUUGUGAUAAUGUCGAGCAAAGAAGAGUUCUUGAAGAUCAAGACUUGUGUUCUCAAAGUCAAUAUCCACUGUGAAGGCUGCAAACAUAAAGUUAAGAGGAUCUUGCAGAAGAUUGAUGGGGUUUACACUUCCACCAUUGAUGCUGAGGUUGGGAAGGUGACUGUUUCUGGCAAUGUCGGUCCUGAGGAGAUUAUCAAGAAGCUUGGCAAGCAUGGAAAAUGGGCUCAGAUUUGGGGCGGGCCGAAACCCGCUCCGAACCCGAACCCGAAUCCGGUGGCUAACCCCAAUCCCAAUCCGGUUAACAACCAGUUCAGGAAUCUGCAGAUUGGGAACGGCGCCGCCGCCGGGAAACGUGGGAAUGGAAACGGAAACAAUAAGGGCGGCGGCGGAGGACAGAUUGUUCAGAAGAACGGCGGCGGUGGAGGAGGGAACAACGGGCAGCCGAGAAUUGGGGGGCAAUUGCAGCAGCAGAUGAAGGGUAUGCAGGAUCUGAAAAUGCCGCCGCCGCUGCCGCCGCCGGCGGUGGUGGGGAAUGGGAAUAAGGUGCCGGCGGCGGCGGCGCGUGGCGCGCCGCCGCAGCAGAAGGCGGUGAAAUUCAAUUUGCCUCCGGCGGCUGAGGAGAGCGACGAUUACGAGGAUGAAUUUGAUGACGAAGAUGACGACGAGAUCGAUGACGAGGAUUUCGAGGAUGACGACGACGAGACCCUGCAGAUGCCGCCGCCGGCGAAUAGGAUGAAUCCGCCUCCCGCCGGCGCCGCCAGGGGGAACGGCGGCCAGAUGCCGAUUAUGAUGAAUGCGCCGCCGAUGAUGAAGCCCGGCGGCGGCGGGCCGCCGCCGCCUCCGCCUCACGCCGGAAAUAUGAAGAAGCCCCCCGCCGCCGCCGCCGGAAAUAAUCACGGCAACAAAGGCGGUGGUGCUGCUCACCCCCCGCCGCCGCAUAACAAUCCAGGCAAGGCCGGAAGGAAUGGCGGCGCUCCGAACAAGAACGGCGGCGGCGCACCGCCGGCGCCGCCGCCGGCAGCGGUUAAUCCAAAUAACUUUAUUACUGGUCAAGGAGGUGGAAUGAAUGAUGGAUUCUACGGCAUGCCCAACAUGAUGCCAAUGAAUGCUGCCCCCAAUGUGGGCCCCAUGAAUAUGCCGAUGGGCCCAAUGCCCAACUUUCCGGCCGCCGUCCACGGCGGCGCUGGUUAUUAUCCUGGCGGCAAUAAGCCCAUGGUCCCCAACCCUAACCCCAACCCCAACCCCAACCAAUUCUACCAGAAUCAAAUGGCGGGAAUGAUGAUCCACCACCAGCCGCCGCCGCUGCCGCCGCCUGCGGCGGCGGCCGGCAACGACCGCUUCCAGCCGAUGAUGUACAACCGCCAGCCCGCCGCCGUGAGCUACAUGCCAAAUCAGCCACUGCCACCGCAAGCGCCGCCGCAGCCAUACCCAUACCUGUCAAUCCCCGACAGCUACACAAUGUUCAGUGACGAGAACACCUCCAGCUGCACCGUCAUGUGAUCCGCCGCCUCCCGCCGCCGCAGCCGCCGCCGUCCGCCAUUACCGACCACCAGUCAAUUACAGUCAGUUUCAGAGAAGUCCAGUUCGUGCCGCCAUAUUAUACCUGCUUCAAUUUUCAUUUUCUUUUUUUUCUUUAAAAAAAAACUUUGUUGCCCCCUUCGAAUUAAUUCCUAAGUCUUAGAUUAGGAAGUAUGUGAUAGAUAUAUAAUAAUAAUAAUUUAAUAAUAAUAAUAAUAUAUUUAUAUUUAAAUAUUAAAGAAAGAAGAGCUGUUAGUGAGACAAUCAGAUAUGGGAAUGUUUAUAUCGACAGAAAUAAAAUCAAAAGGGGAUUUGACUUA